AGACACACACACACACAGUGAUACACACACACACACACACAGUGAGAUGAGGACAGUGACACGGGGCCGGUGAGGCUGUCCCUCCUCACUCCCGGUGGCGGGCGGUCAGCAGACGUUGAAUCAACAUGGCAAACAACGAUGUUCAAGAACAAUCCGAUAACGCUAUACGGGCAGAUGGAACUUAUUUGAAAAGCCUGAAUGUGAAGUUACAGUCGCAGAAAACGAUUGACGAGGAUAAGGAGAAUGCUUCAGAACAUCUUCCUAGUGCAGAUCUAGCUACGGAAGUGGAUGAAGCCACCUUUUUAAAUAAACCGAGGCAAAUGGAAGAGCCAUCUGUAAAAACUCAUCGGUGUUGGCAAAAACUGCGAAGAUGCUGUGCAUGUCCACCUCAGGGAAUCCUUGCCAGUAUAAUAACCAAAGUUGUUAUGGUGGUUCUUCUGUGGGCUACUGUCUGGUCAAUCACUGGUUCCGAAUGCCUACCCGGUGGCAAUUUGUUUGGAAAUCUGAUUCUGUUUGUGAGUGCAGUUGUUGGAGGGAAAAUCGUUGGACUGAUCAAAUUCCCUAAUUUGCCUCCAUUACCUCCUCUUCUUGGAAUGUUGCUAGCUGGUUUUCUUCUACGAAAUAUCCCUGUUGUCAGUGAAGCUGUCUACAUUGACCAGAAGUGGUCAUCGGCCUUGAGGAGUAUAGCCCUUGCUGUUAUCCUCACCCGAGCUGGACUUGGGCUAGACCCGAAGGCUUUAAUGAAGUUGAAGGCUGUGUGCAUCAGGUUGGCGUUUGGCCCUUGCAUCGUAGAAACUUGUGCAGUUUGUGUUCUUGCACAUUUUCUCUUGCAGAUGCCAUGGUCAUGGGGUUUCAUCCUGGGGUUUGUACUUGCUGCAGUUUCACCUGCUGUUGUGGUACCCAGCAUGCUGAUACUCCAGGAGGAAGGGUUUGGUGUUGAUAAGGGAAUCCCAACACUACUUAUGGCUGCAGGCAGCUUUGAUGAUAUCCUGGCUAUUACAGGCUUCAAUACAUGUCUUGGGAUAGCCUUCUCUUCAGGAUCUAUGGUUACAAAUAUAAUCAGGGGAUUCCUUGAAGUUAUUCUUGGAAUGGUGAUAGGAGCUAUUAUUGGUUUUAUUCUUCGAUAUAUUCCAAGCAAGGACCAGGAUAAUCUUCUGAUGAAACGUUUCUACCUCGUGCUGGGUCUGUGCGUGUUUGCUAUUUUUGCAGCGACUGUAUUUGGCUUCCCUGGUUCUGGUGGACUGUGUACCAUUGUCAUUGCAUUUCUUGCUGGGAACGGAUGGGUUGAUGGCAAGAGCGAAAUUGAAGGUUUAACUGGUAUUGCCUGGUCCAUUUUCCAACCAUUAUUGUUUGGAUUGAUUGGAGCAGAGAUAUCUAUUGCCUCUCUGGAAAUAAAUACAGUCGGUCUUGGGAUUGCCACUCUGAUUAUUGCCCUUGUGAUCAGAAUCUUUGUCACAUUUUUCAUGGUCCUGUGUGCUGGGUUUAGCUUAAAAGAAAAAAUCUUUGUUUCUUUGGCCUGGAUUCCUAAAGCUACAGUUCAGGCUGCCAUUGGAUCCACAGCUUUGGACACAGCACGAGUACGAAACGACAUGAUUUCAGAAGAGUUUGGUAUGACUGUUCUCACUGUGGCCUUUCUUUCGAUCCUCUUGACUGCUCCAGUGGGAGCAGUUAUUAUUAGCUUGGCAGGACCAAGAUUACUACAAAAAUCAAAUCAAAUGGCACCAAAUAACCGAGAAGCAGGUACAGACGAAUACCAAGAUAUACCACUGGAUGAAAAUAGUCAAGAAUUGGAAGAUGCAGUUUGAAUAUUCACCAAAGCAUCGCUUCAAUAUAUUUCAACAAUUCCUUAGAAAAAUAAUUCUAUGAAUAGACAAUGAAUGGUUUUUUUAAAUAUGUGCUUUUUUAUUGAUUGUACAUGAUGGAGAUUUUUUUAAACCCUCAUAUUUACAUAAAUAUAUGUUUUGAAUAGUGGAACUGUUAUUUAUUCACAGAUCUAUGAAGUAUUUCUAAUUUUUAAAAUGUUUAUAUGAUAUGUUUACAAUUAACCUUCAGAAUUAUUUUCUGUGACAAUCAGUUG